AUGACAAUAAUCAUUGAGCUCGAAGAUGAGGUGACCACAUUGUUCACUAAUGGUGAUAAAGUCACUGGACAAAUCGUCCUUACCACCACUAACCCUCAUCAAUCGAUGACGAUUAAACUCGCGGGAAUUUGUCAAUCCGGAAUCGGUCUGGUGGUGGAGUCUCACGAGAUCUUCACCAAGACAAGGGUACUAGAACCGGAUAAUACACUAAAUGAGAAUAAUAUCCAAGUAUAUCCUUUCUCUCUAUCGUUUCCUGAAACCCAAUACCAUAACAAUAAUUGCCAGGAUACAGUUCCAAUCCCUUUGGGAUUUGGUUAUACUGGUCCAUCGUUCCCCAAUACCACAUCACCGUUUUCGACAUUACCCCCCACGUUCCAUUAUUCUGAUCCAAAAAGUUUGGUGAAAAUCAGUUAUAGCAUUACUGCAAAGGUGGUAUUUGAUGACGGAACCAGUUCCAGUACCUCGAUCGGCCUCCAUUUCGGACCUCCUAAUAGGAUCUUGACGUAUUGUUUAUCACAUCUUUGCAAACGCUUGGAUUAUGGCAAAAUUCUUCUCGAUGAUAUUUCCAUUGGCCAAACCUUGGUGACGAUUCCCCGGAAAGCUUCGAAGAAUCUUUUAGAUAGAAUCACCCCGAAUCAAAAGUUUUGUAUCCCGUUGGCGUUAGUUUGUGAAUUUACUUCGUUGGCCAGAAGACAUACCAACGCCGGGAUUUCCAAUCGAUUUUUGAAAUGUGGUAGUUCAUUAUCAAAACAACUCUCCUUUAAGCUUGUCUCUUUCCUUUCUCCAGAAUCCCUUGCAUCGUACCUUAACCUUCCAUCAUCCUCAAUAAAGAUCACGAUUUCUGGCCUUCGAGUGACUUUACACCAAUUGGUGGUGUUCGGGUCCACUAAUUCCGUGGGGAAAGGUCAUAAUGAGCUCAUGGUAUUUGAUAUUCCGGUUUCUCAUGAUCUAGAUUUCAACAAACAUUUUGAACCGGUGCAUUCUUCUGAGAUCCCAGUGUCACCAUAUUACGAUCUGGAGUGCUGUGCCAACUAUCUGGGAGACAUUUGGUAUCAAUUUACGGUCCCCAAAGAUUGGUAUAAUGUUAAAAUUCCCGAGAUCCCUCAACUGUUCUUAUGGAACAAUGCUCAACUAGAUUACGUUCUCCGAGCACAAAUGACUCUUCACACCACAAAGAAAAACCGUACUAAAUUGCGAUGUUUGGCACCGUUGGUGGUGUUACGCUCGGAAGAAACCACUGAUGACACGGUCCCUGCAUAUUCUGCCAUUGCAGGAGUCGGGGAGAAAGUGUUGAAGGAUUUUCGGUAUAGUGUUUCUUCGACACUUCUUGUGUGA